UGACGGGGAGGGCGGUGUGGGUUUUUCUCCUCUUCAUUAGAUGAUAACGACUGUCAAGGAUAGACUAAUUCUAGAGCUUGUUUAUUAUUUUGUAGUCAAAGUGAAACGUUUUAUGACUUUUAUGACUAUGAAAUACCGUUUUUACACUUUCCUGUGUACCGCACGCAAAAACCGGCUUCCAGUUCUCUCUCCUGUGGAGCGAGCGCCUUUUUUUUAAUCGCCCUAGCAACUGGUCCUCGCCGCUGCUGCCUUGUGACAUUUCCUUGUCGCUUUGCUCACCAGCCAUCGCAUAUUGAAUUCGACUUUUUGCACCCGCCUGUAUGCGGGGCCAUUUUUGCAUAGGGUAUUUCCCUACUUCGUCUUUAAUUUGAUUUAUUUAAAACUCUGGAGGUUCAUGCGUCUGAGAAGUCUCAUCUUUCUGCGUCAAAAUGCCUGUGAGACGCGGUCAUGUAGCCCUCCAGAACACUUAUCUGGACACCAUUAUCCGGAAAUUCGAUGGACAAAAUCGUAAGUUCCUGAUAGCCAACGCACAGAUGAAGAACUGUGGCAUUAUCUACUGUAACGAGGGCUUCUGCCAGAUGUUUGGCUUCACGCGGGCAGAGAUCAUGCAGCAGUCCUGCACCUGCCAGUUCUUGGUGGGGCCUGGCACCAUGAAGACUGCCUUGACACAGCUGGCACAGGCCCUGCUAGGGUCAGAGGAGCGCAAGGUGGAGAUCCUCUACUACAACAAAGAAGGGACCUGCAGGCCCUGUCUGAUUGAUGUUGUUCCUGUGAAGAAAGCAGAGGGACAGGUCAUCAUGUUCAUCCUCAACUUCCAGGAAAUCAUUGACCCCUCCCUCAAGAAACCAGGUCUGAGACAGAGGGUGGCCCAGGGCUGGAUAUGGGCAGGGCAGAGUCGCAGGCUGAAGUUGAGACUGCCAUUGGUACGUGCAAUGCGUCGGUCUUCCCUCGCCAAAGACCAGUUUGGGGGGGUGGUGGUGGACUACCCACAGCCCAACAGUGAAGAGAUCCCUCUGAAAGAGUUCCGUAUCUUGUCCAAGGAGAGCUGCAUGCAGUCUGAGACAGAGGCGCUGAUAGAGCAGGACCACGAGUCCUCCCAGCCUGCAAGCCACUACUCCCCCAAACUGCUGUCCCUAUUGUCAGAGCGGCUGGAACCCAGCGUGCCCUUCCUCCCCAGCAGCCCCUUCUCCAGUGCAGCCUUCCCCAGGACGGUCCUGCCCCGGAGCCGCUCCAGAGAGACUGUCGGCAGCCUCCGCAGAGCUUCCUCCCUGGAUGACCUCGACAGCAUGAGGGUCGAGUCUGGCCGACCGGGAGACCCACGCUCCAACAGCAUUCCAUCUGAAUCAAAACAAACCAAGCCAAAGCUACCUGGGCCUGUUGGAGACCUGAAGGCCGGUACUCUGAGCUCCACCUCAGACUCGGACCUGAUGCGACGCAGGACCAGCACUCGUAACCCCCUCACACUCAGUUUCGCCUCCGACCUCUUGCGACCGCCAUCGCCCACUGAGAUCGAGAUCAUCGCUCCCAGCAAAGUAAAGGACCGCCACCGAGACGUCACAGAGAAGGUCACACAUGUCACACAGGUACUGUCCCUAGGGGCUGAUGUCCUGCCAGAGUACAAGCUCCAGGCGCCUCGCAUCCACAAGUGGACCAUCCUCCACUACAGUCCUUUCAAGGCGGUGUGGGACUGGGUCAUCCUCCUGCUGGUCAUCUACACGGCCGUCUUCACCCCCUACUCCGCUGCCUUCCUGCUCAACGAGGUGGAGGACGAGCUCCGGCGCUCCUGUGGCUACACCUGCAACCCCCUCAACGUGGUGGAUCUGGUGGUGGACGUCAUGUUUAUCGUGGACAUUCUCAUCAACUUCCGGACCACAUAUGUCAAUCACAAUGACGAGGUGGUCAGCCACCCGGGGCGCAUCGCCCAGCAUUACUUCAAAGGCUGGUUCCUCAUUGAUAUAGUGGCAGCCAUCCCCUUUGAUCUGCUCAUAUUCCGCUCUGGCUCUGAUGAGCCCCAGACAACCACGCUGAUUGGCUUGCUGAAGACUGCUCGGCUACUGCGAUUGGUGCGUGUGGCGCGGAAGCUGGACCGCUACUCAGAGUACGGUGCCGCCGUUCUCUUCCUCCUCAUGUGCACCUUUGCCCUCAUUGCCCAUUGGCUGGCCUGUAUCUGGUACGCCAUCGGCAACGCGGAGCGCACCAACUCGGCACGCAUCGGAGGCAUGAAGAUCGGCUGGCUGGACAACCUGGCUGAACAGAUUGGUAAACCAUACAACGACACAGACCCUGCCUCCGGCCCCUCCACCAAGGAUAAAUACGUCACAGCGCUUUACUUUACCUUCAGCAGCUUGACCAGCGUGGGCUUCGGCAAUGUUUCCCCCAACACCAACCCUGAGAAGAUCUUCUCCAUCUGCAUCAUGCUAAUCGGCUCUCUGAUGUAUGCCAGUAUCUUUGGUAACGUGUCGGCUAUCAUCCAGAGGCUGUACUCCGGCACGGCCCGUUACCACACUCAGAUGCUGCGUGUCAAAGAGUUCAUCCGCUUCCACCAGAUCCCAGAGGGACUACGCCAGAGACUGGAGGAAUACUUCCAACAUGCCUGGUCCUAUACCAAUGGCAUCGACAUGAACGCUGUGCUGAAGGGUUUCCCUGAGUGUCUGCAGGCUGAUAUCUGCCUCCACCUGAACCGCUGUCUGCUCCAGAACUGCAGGGCCUUCAAGGGGGCCAGUAACGGCUGUCUGCGGGCGCUGGCCAUGAGGUUUAAGACCACCCACGCCCCUCCGGGCGACACCCUGGUCCACAUGGGAGACGUCCUCUCAGCUCUCUACUUCAUCUCUAGAGGGUCCAUAGAGAUUCUGAGAGACGAUGUGGUGGUGGCCAUACUGGGUAGGCUGAAGAGUGGUGGUGGUUACUGGGUAGGCUGAAGGGUGGUGGUUACUGGGUAU